AUGACCACAGCCAUUUCCGCUGCGUCUUCCUGGUCUUCACUACAAGCAAAAGUCACAAUGCCUAGAUCAAGAUCAAAGACGCGUUCUAUAUGGAGCACGGAGGAAUUUGAUGUUACAUCUAAACCGAGUAAUCAAUACGUAAUGCUAGAUAGUAACAAGAAGCAGCAAGAGACUAAAGACAUGGAACGUAUAAUUCACGAUAUUGAAACACAGCGACGAUACCGCACAAUGGGAACUCGAUCAAAAAUUGGUUUAAAACGGCAGGAAGAUGUAAAUGUAUUUGGUAGUAAAGAUCUCUCACCUCAACGAGAAAAACUUUAUACAUUUGAACUGGACAAAAGUCUGCGUAUCAAUCGACGAAAAGGUGAUAAUGCUGAUGUCUCCGAAUCUUUUCAAGACCAAGUGCUAGCAGAAUUACAGAAAAUGAAGGAUUCCCAACGCCUUGAAUUUGAAGCUCUUGAGAGACUACAACGCGAAAAAGACGCAGCUGAGCACAAAGCACGUCGGUUAGAGCAACAACUGCAAAAACACGAACGUCAAGAAUCUUUAAAGAAGGACAAAUCAUUAUACAGGUCGGAAUCACGAAAGUUCAAGACACGAAACGAAUUUACUAUUGACCAAGAGAGUAGCGUAACCAAAUCUCCAAAUUGGAGGGAUAUGACCAUGUCACCUCCACCGUAUUUUUCCGCUGCUUCGCCUGCUACGUCACCAUUUAAACGCAGCGCUUGGCCAGCAUGGACUGGGGAUGAAUCAUUUCCUUCCAAACCGCGUUCAGAGCCACCAGAUUCUAGCUCACCCAUUGAGACGAAAAGUCUGUCUCGGCGUUCUCAUUCUCGUAACAAAGCGCGUAGUUCAUCAAUUGGAAGGACAUUGAAGGACAGUCAAGAAGUGCGACGAUCAUGUGCGUUCUUUGUAGAAAAAGCUUGUGCUCAUGCAGAGAGUGAACAGCUCAAGAAAGAAAGAGCUAAGCGAUUAGAACGAGCCCAACACGCUGUACCACCUCGAAGGUUAUUGGAACGACAAGUUCUGGCACAAGAGCGAAAGUCGCAACAAUCGAGAGAUCACGAACGCCAACUAGCUUCUCGAAUGAAACAAACAAAGGCACGUCAAGUGCCUGAAACAACAUAUUUGAGUGUGAAUAUGAAAGAGGAGGAAGAGAAGCGCAAAGAGCGCAUUCGUCUUCGUGCCGAGGAUAUGAUGCGAUCUGCAGAAUUACCACCACGUCUGGCACGAAGCAAAAACAAUGAAAGUGUCUUAGACCAUCAAAAGAUUCGUCGUAAGUUACAGGCUGCGUCUGAGGAAGAAGCGAGACAUCGAAGACAACGUUCAAAAUCCGUGCCUGACUUUGACAAGCUUCAUUUUGAAUGGAAAGAAGCUUUAAAAAAGCGACGAAAUGGCGAUAAGCAAACAACAAAGAGUGACGAGUUCUUUACGUCGCGUGUUGCAACGCUCUUGGAACUUCAAGAUAAGAAGAAAGCACGUAAAUUACGAUUACAAGCAAAGCAAGAUGCGAUUCAGCAACAUGUCCAACGAGCACGUGAUAAAUUACUUGCAAGAACUCGUGCGUCGAAGCUUGCAAGUCAAUCAAAAUCUACAAAAACUGAGAUUCUUCGAGCGCAAAAAAAGCGAAUUGAAGCUUUAAAACACGAGAAAGAACGAGAACGUCAAGAACGAGAAGCUGAAGUUCGAGAACGACGACGUGAAGAAAUAAAUCGUCGAAUUCGGUCACAAGUUCAACGUUUAGAACGAAUUCGAAGGAAUGAGUUUGCUGGUACAAUUGUCGAUGUGACUGAUCUCGAUAAAAUUGCAAAACAAAAGGCACGGGAUCAACGGCAACAAUUUAAAGAAGCCAUUGCUCGCAAUAAAGAAAAGCUUCUUGCAGCAACAGCUACUCGUCCAAGUCUAAUGGAGCGAUUUAGCACUGAUGUAAAACGUGAGACACAUCGUCGUGCAGCUCUUGAAGCGGUUGUUAAGAGUGUUUUUCAAAAGGAUUUUUCAACGUUAAAGGACGUCUUAACAGACGAUGAACAUGAAGUCGCUUGUGCAAUGAUUGCUGCUGAUAGAUUCUGA